AAAACCGCCAUUUGUAUCUAAGCCAUCAAGUGGGGUAGCCUCGGGGAUCCGUGGCAGCGGUGUGUGGGCCUGCUCACUGGAAGAUCUCACCGUACCCAUGAGCAGUAAAAGUUGCUUCAAGUGUGGACGCUCUGGCCACUGGGCCCGGGAGUGUCCUAAAGGAGGAACUCGAGGGCGAACACCAAGAAGUCGUGGCAGAGGUCCUCAAUGCAGCUCCGCCAGCCAGUCUGACAUCUGUUAUCGCUGUGGUGAAACUGGUCAUUAUGCCAAGGACUGUGAUCUCCAGGACACCUGCUACAACUGCGGGAAAAGAGGCCACAUCGCUAAAGACUGUACCCAGCCUAAACGAGAGAGGGAGCAGUGCUGUUACAUCUGCAGCAGACCUGGUCAUCUGGCUCGUGAUUGCGACCGGCAGGAAGAGCAGAAAUGCUACACGUGCGGCGAAUUUGGGCACAUCCAGAAAGACUGCACCCAAAUUAAGUGCUACAGAUGUGGUGAGAAUGGCCACAUGGCGGUUAACUGCAGCAAGGCGAGCGAAGUCAGCUGCUACCGCUGCGGCGAAUCUGGACAUCUAGCCAGGGAAUGCCCCAUUGAGGCUACCGCUUAGUACUUAGUACUUUUAAGCCCCUCACCUUUACUAUUUAGCUAUGCUGUUUGUAAAAUUUCCUUACUAAUCAAAAGGGUGAUAGUUAGAAGCUACUCCUAAGUCGCCAUAAUUACCAUCUUAAGACAGGAAAAGACUUGGGGGGGGGGAAAACCAUCAAAAACAUCAUCAAUGUGCUGUUUGGUUGUUGCGUUGAAAUCCAGAGAGGGCAGGCAUUUUGAAUGGGAGACAACUGGUGGACUCUUUGAACAUGUUCGUUUUGGCACAUUUCAUUAGGAAUUGAUAGUGAAAACAUCAGGAUAAGCUUAGAACAUUGCCUUUGAGUUUACUAACAAAUAAUAGUAUGCGUGUCAGAAAAAGGUAAACAGCCAUGAAGCAGAAGAAAGCCAACUAAAAGACAAGAAGAGAAACUGUAUUUUCUUGGAGGUGGGGGCAAGAACAUCUUGAUGAAGUAGCAUUUCCUCAGAGACCAUUAGAGCAAAUAAAACUGUUUCUGAAACUAUAA